GUUGAUGCUAUGGAUGUCACGGUGCAAAUGGUUUUCUCUGGAUGCUCCAUUUGCCCAUCGGGAGCAGAUGGACUCCCAGGCGAAGAUGGGCCAAUGGGCUUACCUGGUUUGGAAGGUCCUUCUGGCACACCGGGAACUCCAGGUCGAAAUGGGGCUGCAGGACCACCCGGUGACAUUGGACUUCCUGGAAAACCAGGUAAGAAAGGCAAGAUUGGGGCUAUUGGACAUCCUGGAUACGACGCAGUCACAUCGGUUGGAAGUCAAGGAUCAAAAGGACCGCCAGGUCCUGCUGGGCCUCCUGGAGAGCCUGGUGAAGAGGGUACUCCCAACUACGAGGAUGGUGAACCUGGUUCUCGGGGAAUUCGUGGAAAACCUGGAUUGCCAGGAGAGCAAGGGAAACGUGGCAAACAGGGACCGCAAGGUUUUCCAGGAAAGCAGGGUGCAGCGCAGAAAGUAGCACGUUUUUGA